GCUUCAAAAGGACCCUAAGCUGCGCCCAAUUCGGAGAGCAAGAAGCUCACGAAACGCCAUAGCCAUACCCAACCAAAACUAUCUUCCUUCUCAGUAAAUAUCAACUCUGCUUUCAUCCUCCUUCUAAAUUGAGCUUUUCUUAGUCUUCUAAUGGCUGCUACUCGCUUGAAUUCUCUUUCGUUUUCCCAACUCCCAUUAUCCCUUCCUUCUCAAUCUAAUUGCUAUUCUUUAGAACACAAACCUCUACUCUUUCCCCUCACCCCCCUAAUCGAGCUGAAGCUCGCAAUUAAGCGUUCUAAUGCCACCCAUCCCGUCUCGAAGUUCACUCGCCGUGCCACCGCUGCAACUGUAUCGUUUAGCCUCCCGGCUUCGAAACCCGAGGGCGUUUCCCCCGAGAAACUUCCUAAAUGGUCAGCAAGAGCAAUAAAGUCAUUUGCAAUGGCAGAAUUGGAAGCAAGGAAACUCAAAUAUCCAAAUACUGGCACAGAAGCUUUGCUAAUGGGAAUUUUGAUUGAGGGAACGAGUACUGCUGCCAAAUUCUUAAGGGCUAAUGGAAUUACACUUUUCAAAGUAAGGGAAGAAACUGUAAAGCUACUUGGAAAGUCUGACAUGUAUUUCUUCAGUUCAGAGCAUCCUCCAUUGACUGAGCCUGCCCAGAGGGCACUUGAUUGGGCUGUUGCGGAGAAGCUAAAGUCAGGCCAGUCUGGAGAAAUAACUACAGGUCAUUUGCUUCUUGGUAUCUGGUCAGAGGAAUCAGCAGGUCGCAAGAUCUUGGCCACCCUUGGCUUUGACGAUGAGAAGGCAAAAGAGAUUGCAAAAACUGUGGACAAGGAUGCAACUUUCAGUUAUAAGUAGAUGGAUCAUGUAGGAAGAUGUGAUGCGAUUUUCAUAUUUUUGCGGAUGGAAUCCUUAAAAAGGACCCCCCCAAAUGAGAUUCACAUGAUUUGGAUCCUUGUGCAUCCAUUUGGUGAUAUAGUGAUUUGCCUGUUUAAUCAGCACCUGCCGUUCAACAUUAUCAGCUUCAUUUUGAAUUGACUAUUGUUCGAACUUGUUGAGUGCUGGUAUGGUACGCUACAUUUCAGUGGUCUCAGGAGUGUUCCCCGGCUUUUCUUGGACAAGCAACCUAAGUUGAAAGGGAAUAAUUACCUCAAUAAUUAACACAUCCCAUUCUUAAUUUAGUAUUUGCAAGACAUCCUCAAUUACUUUUCAAUUUGUUUAAUAUUUUAUCUUUGUUUCUUUAAUUCUUCUUAAUAUAUGGGGUUUUGCUUGCCAAAA